AUGUUCACCCGACAAUGGCUAAAGGUGGCCAAGGCGCCCCAGCAAGCACCGCAAUUUGGCAAUGUCCGCAUGAGGUUUUCAACGUCGAGCGCGAAUCAAAGGUCAUAUGAGGAAGAUACGAUUGAAACCAUGAGAAUAGACGGGAACACGAGAGUCAUCUACCAAGGGUUUACGGGAAGAGCUGCCACUUUGAAUGCAAAAGACACAAUAGAAUAUGGCACGAACGUUGUCGGUGGCGUCUCGCCUGGAAAGGGUGGAAAAGAUCAUCUAGGAUUGCCCGUGUUCGAUACAGUUAAAGAGGCUAUGGACAAAGUGAAACCUCACGCAAGUGCCGUGUUUGUUCCGGCUCAAUUUGCAGCAAGUGCCAUCACUGAGGCAAUCGAGGCUGAAAUACCCCUUGUCGUAUCCGUCGCGGAGCACAUACCCGUCCACGACAUGGCUCGAGUUCAGGAGAUUCUGCGGACGCAGACAAAGACUCGCUUAGUUGGUCCUAAUUGCCCAGGAAUCAUCGCUCCAAACCAGUGUCGUAUUGGCAUUAUGCCAUACAAGCAGUACUCCAGAGGAACAGUCGGAAUUGUUUCGAAGAGCGGUACUCUGAGUUAUGAGGCUGUGGGCGCGACGACAAAGGCAGGGUUGGGGCAGAGCAUCGUUGUAGGGAUGGGGGGAGACAUGAUGCCGGGAACGACGUUGCUGGACGGGCUGAGGUUGUUCUUCGAGCAUGAAGAGACGAAGGGCAUCAUUGUCAUUGGGGAAAUUGGCGGCGAAGCCGAGCUCAGAGCAGCGGAGGCUAUCAAGGAGUAUAGGAGGAAAUCACGUAGUCCGAAGCCAAUCAUCGCCAUGGUUGCGGGAAGAACAGCUCCACAGGGCAAGACGAUGGGGCAUGCAGGAGCUCUGUUGACGCCAAGGGAUGUGCCGGCUGACAUCAAGGCAAAAGCACUGGCAGAAGCUGGGGCUCUUGUAGUUCCGCACACAGGAGUCAUGGGAGAUGAGAUGAAGAAGCUUUUGAAGCUUUAA